UGAUGAUCGGCAAGUUAUGGGUGUUGAAAUAGUAGAUAACCGACCAGAAGAUGAAACCAGAGCUGCUCCAGUCGAAGAUGUGGAGGAGGUACAGAUUGAUGACAGAGAUCCAAGCAGGAAAACGCAAAUUGGGACUAAAUUGCACCCGGAAGAAAGAGCAGAGCUAAUAGCUUUUCUUCGGGCCAAUCACGAUGUUUUUGCAUGGACUUCAGCAGAUAUGCCGGGAAUCCCCACUUCAGUUAUUAAAGAGGAAGUCGAGAAGCUCCUACAAGCCGGCUUUGUUAGGAGGGUAGAUUACUGUGAGUGGGUCGCCAAUCCGGUGUUGGUGAAGAAAGCAAACGAUAAAUGGCAGAUGUGCAUCGAUUACACUAACCUCAACGAUGCAUGUCCAAAGGAUUGUUAUCCAAUGCCAAACAUUGAUAAGCUGGUUGAGGCAGCUUCGGGGAAUGAGAGAUUAAGUCUCUUGGAUGCAUACUCAGGCUACCACCAGGUCCCAAUGGCUCCUGAGGAUGAAGAAAAAACCUCGUUCUAUGCCGGCGAUGAGAUCUAUUGCUAUGUAAUGAUGCCUUUCGGCUUGAAGAACGCAGGUGCCACUUACCAGCAGAUGGUUACCAUCGUAUUCCGAGCUCAGAUAGGACGGAAUCUGGAAGUUUAUGUUGAUGAUAUAGUGGUAAAGAGUUUGAAAGCUGACGAUCACUUAACCGACCUUGAGGAGACAUUCAACAACCUCAGAAAGAACAGAAUGAGGCUAAAUCCAGCAAAGUGCAUCUUUGGCGUGGAGUCCGGAAAGUUUUUAGGCUUCAUGGUGUCCAAGAAGGGGAUUGAGGUUAACCCCGAGAAGAUCAAAGCAAUUGCCGAAAUGGAACCACCGAAGUCAGUAAAGGACAUACAGAGGUUAACCAGAAGGGUAGCAGCUCUUCAUCGGUUCAUAUCAAAAUCAGCAGAUAAAUGCUUACCGUUUUUCAAGAUUAUGAGAUCAGUUGCCCAGAAGGAUGAAUCGCAGCUCACUACUCUGGUAGCACCAUGGCCGUUUGCUCAGUGGGGAUUGGAUCUUUUGGGACCAUUCAUCAAAGGGGUUGGUGGUGUAACCCACUUAAUUGUUGGUGUAGAUUAUUUCACAAAGUGGGUUGAAGCUUGGCCGCUAUCCAGUCUUACUUCCAAGAAGGUUGAAGACUUUGUUUUCAGUUCAAUUAUCUGUAGAUAUGGGAUCCCGAAUCAGAUUGUGGCUGAUAAUGGAACUCAAUUUAACUGCACCUCUUUUCGAGAUUUCUGUUCCAGCUACGGGAUUAAACUGCAGUUCACCUCGGUUUACCAUCCAGAGUCCAAUGGCAUGGUCGAAUCUGUUAACAAGUGCAUCUUAGAAGGUAUAAAGCCGAGGCUGGAACAACGCAAGGCCAAAUGGGUAGACGAGCUCAACAACGUCCUCUGGGCGUACCGAACUAUGAGUCGAACUGCCACAGGUGAAACACCCUAUCAUCUGGCCUUUGGAACCGAAGCAGUCAUUCCUAUUGAGAUAGGAGUUCCAAGCUUCAGAGUCACCCAUUUCGAUGAAAGACGGAAUGGACAACUGCUUCGGGAGAACCUUGAUCUGCUUGAUGACCUUAGAGAAGAAGCACUACUUCGAACUCUAGUUUACAAGCAGAAAAUAGCAAACUUCUACAAUAAACGAGUUCGACCCCGAUCAUUCAAAGUGGGAGACCUUGUUCUCAGGAAAGCUGGUCUAACGGGGUUCGAAACUAGAUUCGGCAAAUUAGCAUCAAAUUGGGAAGGCCCCUACACUGUCGCCGAAGUGCCGCACCCAGGUGUUUAUAUCCUACGGGACACUGACGGAAAAAGGGUUCCUAGAGUCUGGAAUGUCAAUAAUUUGAAGACAUUUUAUCCUUAAUGCAUCUCUUUCCAGAAAACUUUGUUAUUCCUUUACAUCGUUAAUGAACUUCACUUCACAUUCGAAGUGAUUCAGUCCUGUCACUAUGACUUAUUCAGUCACUUCAUUUGUGGGGUUAUGAUUUUAUUACACUUACAUUUGAAGUGAUUUACUCAUUUCUGUAUUUGAAGUCCGCCUAUCAUAUAUCCAAGGUCAGAGAUCAGAACCUUGUGUUAAAUAAAGUUACUCUAUUUUA